AUGAGCUUUCCUCGCAGGAACAACUUUGGAGAGGAGUGGACUGACGAAGAAAACGCGAGACUCUGGCACUUCCGAAAGAAGUAUCCUGAAAUCACUUGGCUUGAGUUCCAUCAGGGAAACUUCAUUCCGAAUCGAACCUACGACGCAAUAAGAAGGAAGUGGUACGCAAUGACGCAUGAAACCCCGGAAAAGCGAUUCGGGGAAGAGAUCAUGGUCGGACAAAAAAGCAAGAUACCACGAGUUUGCGACAGCGAUGACAUUGAUGCGGAAAGUGACGCAGAAGCUGGCGACAUCAAUCCAAACGGAGAAGUAAACCCAGUGAGUGGACAUGCUAGCAGUGGAUCUUGCUUGUCUUUAACGAACGGCCAGUUCAGUUUCCAUCAAAAGGCCACUGGAGUUCUAGUAUCGACGGAAAAGGAUUCUGCCAUGGGUGUCACAGCACAUAUUCAGAAGACCGAUUCAUCAUUACCUGUUAAGUUCGAGUUGCCUGCAAAUCACCGCCCCUCCGAAAAUCGGCCGCGGCAUCGAAAAAUUGCAAAGACAAAACGUCCAGUCAAAAGCGCAGAUAACCCGUUUCAGCAGUUUCGAAGGAUGUCUCUAUCACCAGAACCGCCCCUGCUCACCGGGCCAGCAAUGCUUAUAAGCCAACGCGCCUGCCAAGCUGAUCAGAAAACCUCAACGACAUAUCUGCCACAGAAACCCCCCAAUGCGCACUUGAACGACCCCGGCCAACAUGAUCCCAGGGCUCCUAUGUGUGCGCCAACCAGAUCGCCAUGGGUACCGAGACAGCUCAUGAAUUGCCAACGGAAGACUUCAUCGCCAUUAUUAUCAGAGCCUGUCUCAUCGCAUUCCCUCCCAGAUAUAUCGCUAAAAGAGGCCAAAACUCAACCUAACAUCUACGAUGGCCCAUCCUUGGACCCGAGAAAACGCAUUGCCCGAAGGAGUGUUGAAUUGCCCGAUCUGACGCCACAAGGCGCGAGAUUGAAGUCCUCUCCGCCGAGUACUGUAACUCCGUCCUUUCCCAACGAGCCCGGGAAUGUCGACUCUACCCUUCAGCCAUACUUAGACCAGGGUUCCACCAGGGUCAGUGUCAUGGAAUUGCUGCAACGGCUUCAGCAUCGACUCGCGACGGAGCACGUCAUGCUAGAAGAUCAGAUAAAGACAAUGGAGGGUAAAGCGAAAGUGACAGAAGAGAGUUACAAGCAGGUUGAAGCAAUGCGCCAUAAACUGGAACAGCCCCAGAAUCUGGUUCUUCCAGAUCUGGUCACUUUGUAUGGGUUUGUGGAGUUGGCAGAGUCAAUGGGACUUUCCCAUGCCCCUCCCAUGAAUCGACCUGAUAGUUCCAUUGAUGCUUCGCAGCCGGAUCGCGUUGUGAAGCAAUCUAUCGAAUCAGAGGAUGAUGCAAAUUGA